GGGGUUACCGGCGAGUUCCGACGUAACCUCAAGUUCAAUUUGAGCACUCGUUCCUUUUGACGUUUUCAGGCUAGAUUAGCAACAAGCGUUGGUAAUUGUCAUUGCAGUGAAGGUAGAAAAUCUACGCUAAAAUUAGGAAUCAUGGAAAGAUGAGCAAAUGUUUGAAGUACAUUCAAUCGGCAACCCAAGCUGAAAUAUUGCUAUUAUAGAUAAUGGCUGGAAACUUUUGGCACAGUUCUCAUCACCAACAAUGGUUACUUGAUAAACAGGAUCUUGUUAGAGAACGGCAACAUGAUCUUUCCAUUCUUUCUGAAGAGGAAUAUCAAAAACUUUUCAUUUUUUUUUCUAACCUUAUACAGAUACUGGGAGAGCAGCUGAAGCUGAGACAACAAGUUAUAGCUACUGCUACGGUCUAUUUCAAGAGAUUCUAUGCCCGCAACAGCUUGAAAUGUAUCGAUCCACUUCUUUUAGCUCCAACCUCUGUCUUUCUUGCUUCAAAGGUUGAAGAAUUUGGAGUGAUAUCCAACACUAGACUCAUAACAACUUGUCAGACCGUUGUGAAGAAUAAAUUCAACUAUGCCUACUCCCAGGAAUUUCCAUAUAGAACGAAUCACAUUCUGGAAUGUGAAUUCUAUCUUCUAGAACAUCUCGACUGUUGCCUAAUUGUUUAUCAGCCAUAUCGUCCACUUUUAACCCUUGUGCAGGAUGUCGGACCAGAUGAUCAGUUGCUCACUUUGGCAUGGCGUAUUGUGAACGAUAGCUUGAGAACAGAUGUCUGUCUUUUAUAUCCCCCCUAUCAAAUUGCCAUAGGAUGUCUGCAAAUAGCCUGCGUGAUAUUACAGAAGGAUCUGAAGUCAUGGUUUGCGGAGUUAAACGCCGAUAUGGAAAAGAUACAAGAGAUUGCAAGGUACAUUAUAAACUUAUAUGAGCUAUGGAAAACCUAUGAUGAAAAAAAAGAGAUUCAAGGACUUUUGGCUAAAAUGCCUAAGCCAAAGGCAGCUCCGCAACGCUGACAUCAACCCACAGCAGAUCCUCAGGUCUGGGACUCACGGCAGGACGAUCAUUUGUACAAUUAAUCAUAUGCAAGCUGUUUGAAAUUAAAACACGAAAAGUAUGUGAUAAAAGGAUAUUUGUAAGAAUCAAAAACCCAAUUCAAAUCGCA